CGUGGACCCGCGGAUAACCUUAAAAGUACGGGAACGUGACCGCGAUAGGACGACCGCGUGAUAAUCGCGCCUCGGACGGCUCGCGGCCGUUUGACAAUUGGAGCGUGGUGCCGAGGCUGGUGCGUGCGACGGGCCGACUCACUACUCCACGUCUUUGGAGAGCGCGAGGGGAGGAGCAUGCGAGUGCUGACGGGUAUCUCCCAGCCGAAGCCGCCCCGAAAAUGCCCGCAGCAGACACUCGCGCACUCGCGUCGCCGAUCUCCCCCGAGUCGACGGAAUCCCGGGAACGCGUCCGCCGCUGUCGCGGAAACGCGCGGACCGUACAGUAAUCCCGACGGCGCGUCGUAACGUCCGUCCCUUCCCCGGCGAGGAGCUCGUGCGCCGCAUGUUUCCACGGCGACACCGACGGCACGCGCGCGGUGGUGUUUAUAGGUUAUGCACAUGCCUCUUUCAGUGUUCGCGGGAGAGAAUCGCGCCCGCGUGGAGUCGAUCGCGCGCGAUUGAGCCCGCAACAAGUACAAAGUUCGCCGACUCGCUCUACGUUCGUUCAAAGGGAGCCUUACGACUCGCUCGUUCUCUCCGCCUCCAGCUUGUCGCGCAUCGACGAGCGAAUCCACAAACGUCGCCGUGUAAAUAGAGCCCGUUGGUAUCCUUCGAUCAUGUUUUGAAAGUUUUUGCAUUGUUUUCGUGCGAAAGUUCCCCCCCACCGAAUGCUCCGGCCGACCGCGGACCGCAGACACAAGGGCGACAGACUUUCCUGAGCAACGGGAAAUCCGUCUCGCGACAGUCGCGCGCGCGCGCCAAGUCGUCGUCCACGAGGGUAACGCACGUUGCUCCGUCGCGCGUGCACGGAAGGAUCGCCUUGUCCGCGCUCGAGGAUGGAACGCGACGGGACGAGUUUGACGAGCGUCGAUUCGCGAUGCCAUGCGUGUGCACCGUGAACUCGGUGCCCGCGUCGCGUCCCCGCCGCGGCCAAGUGCCGGCUGCCGUUGGCCUUGUGAACUUUGAUCGUAAUAAUCCAGUGCCUCCUCGGGAAAAUACCGCGACAGCAAUUUUCUACUUGCGAGCGACGAGACGCGUCUAGCUCCGCGCCACAGCGAAUCAUGACUGAGAUUAGCAUAGAUAGUCUACGAAACCUCAUCACGCACUUCGCCAAGAACACGUACAGGACUAAGGAUGCCGAUGUUACGAAUCAGGAGAUCAUGCAGAGAUGUAUGCUGCUUGCGGCCUUUGAUUACGACUACUCUACAAUAGACAACAGCGGCGGUGAGCUCUGCGCGCAUUAUCCCAGCUACCUUGUAAUAUUGGAGCACGACAAGUUUCGAAACUCGAAGAACUGCGACGCGCCGCCGGUGGCGUCGCCGUACGUGAUGGAAAAUACGUACGGCAGCACGUGUUUAAGGAACAAGCUACUGAAACUGAUGACCCACUCAAGAUUCGCCAGAUGCCGUUCAAGAUUUCCCGUGCCAGUAAUACUUUACAAGGGCAGACACGUAUGCAGAUCCUCGACGUUGUCCAGCAGCCCGGAGAUGUUCGGUAGAGCCGGAUUAGAUUUCUUGCUAUCUAGCGUAGCCAGCGGCGGCGCCAGCUCAGUGCAGCCGGUUGCGCAGGUAGAGGAGAGUUUACCCAAGGAGGAACCGAAGCUCACCGACUUGAAAAAUAAAGUUAGACAUUACGACAUAGAACUUCUUAAGACUCUCGACGUGGGAACCAUCGUGGACUUUAUGGUGGAGAAGAAGAAAGUUAAAUAUGGGAUGACCGUAACCUCGUCGGAAAAGGUAGACCAAGAGAGGCGGUACAGCAACUUUAACCUCAUUUCACUGCCAUAUCCCGGAUGUGAGUUCUUCAAGGAGUUUAGAGACCAAGAUUAUCGCUCCAAGGAUCUGGUGUUUAACUGGUGCCAGAAUUACAUAGACGCGCCAAUAUGUGUACCUGAGGACCCAAUCUCCAGUCAAUUACGAGUCAACUGGGAUCAGUAUACGGAAUGGAAUCUAGUCAAAUUAACGCAGAACUAUUUAAGAUUAAUACUGAGAUAUCUGAACGAAAGUAAGAAGGGAUUACUGAUUCACUGCAUCUCAGGCUGGGACCGCACGCCGCUAUUUAUUUCUUUACUGAGAAUCAGUCUGUGGGCUGAUGGGGUCAUUCAUACGACGCUGGAUUCGUAUCAGCUGCUGUAUUACACCAUCGCUUACGACUGGAUGCUUUUCGGGCACGACUUGGCGGAUCGACUCAACAAAGGAGAGGAGAUACUUUUUUUCUGCUUCGAUUUCUUAAAAUACAUUGAACACGAACAGUACAGCAUACACAAGCAUUACGAGAGAACGUCGAAACGCAGCGAGACGGAAACUUUUGCGAUUGACAGCGAUUCUUUCGAGAUCAUUACAAACUCCAGUUUCAGCCCCAAGAACAGUUCAUCCAGUUCUAUUGAACAAAAUAGCGUAGACGGCGAUUCAUCACCAGCUGUGUUUCUCACCGACUCCCUGGACAAUCAAGAUGACCCACGAAACAAUGUAAAUCUUGCACACGGCACACUUACCACAUCUCCAAAUAAAGAGGGUGGUGCCGCGCAAGAAUCUCGUUCGCCGUUGCCCGCAAAUCGUACGUCUCCGAUCGGUGUUCCCAUACCACGCAAUCCGCAUAUUCGACAACGAAACGACUCGACGUCUUCUGGCGACUCGUGGCAAUUGGUAACGGGGACUGGUAGCCUCUGUGGCUCCACGACUGCUAAUGCUGUACAUCUGGACAACCUAUUCACGCCCGAUUCAGAUUGUAAGCCAUCAUGUACUACUUGCCGUAGAAGUCGCCGUACGUCGCAAGAACGCAGUGCAAACGUAAAUGACGAUGAAACUAGUGUAUCCCAGACACAACGCAAAGAACGGCUGCAUUGCCUUCGAAAUAUAUUUUAUAAGGCUUAUGGACCUCAUGGAUUUCGAUUAAAGGACGAAUCAGGUGGAAUCAGCCAAUACAUUGGAAACAUUGUUGGGAUGACUUCCAUUCAACGCACAUCCUAGUGACAAAUGUUAUUCGGUGACUUUCCACGAGCAUAAAUUUAUAGUCGAUUUUUCUAUUCUAGGAUUAUUGUAGUGUUUCUUCUGUUUUAAUAAUUUUUUAUUUUUUCUAAUUGCAUGUACACAGGAUUAAAUUAUGUCUUGCGUGUCUUGUCUUUAACUUGUUUUUUUUCUAAUAUGAUUUUAUAUGGUAAAUGUAGACAGAUGUAAAUAAGAGAACAGGGAAAUUGUAACAUGCAAUUAAAUCUCUUUAAUUACAUGUUACAACUUUUAAAACUUCCAAAAGUUACUUUAAAUUAACUUUUUUAAGUUUUAAAAAAUUAAAACUCAUUAA